AUGGCGCCCGCCCUGAACGCAGGGGGCUACUCGAGCGAGGCGCUCAGCUUCGCCCUGGCGCUGGAGAAGGAGCCACAGCGGACUCCGCCGCACAGUAGGGUCUACAACAGCGGUGACGAGUACUCCACUGCCGCCCCCGGCCGCUUCGGCAUCCGGCAGUUCGCGGAGCAGGACCUCAUCGGCGCCGGCAGGAAGAAGGAGUGGGACGUGGUGGUGUGCCACGCCACGCCAGACGUGUGGCACGCCGAUGGCGGCGUCGGGCCGAGUCUGCACAUGAGCGAUGGCCCCGCCGUGGCUUUCGUCCUGAUAGAUGCGGGUCGGUGCGACCUCCCUGCGCUGGUCGCCGACCUGCCCUGCACGCGAGCCGUGCAGGAGCGCGAUCAGGAGCUUGCGGCGCACUCUUGGGGCUACUGGCCAUGCGGUGGCAAACCGAUGGCCUGCGGCCCCGCUCAGGUGCCACGGAUCAACGCGAUGGACGAGGUCUGGGUCCCGUCGGCCUGGGCGUUGGAGCAGUUCGCCUCGAGCGGCAUCGACAAGGAUAAGAUCGUCGUCAUGCCAGAGGCCGUCGACACCGAGCUGUUCGAUCCCUCGCGGCACUCCCCACUCGAGCAGGGGGAUGACGGUUGGGACCUCCUGCUGCGCGCGUAUUUCGAGGAGUUCUCGGCCGAGGACCCCGUGGUGCUGCGCGUGAAGACGCAGGCGUUCCACACCGACGGCGACUUCGAGGCCAAGGUGCAGAGCUUCGUGGCGACGCUGGACGCGGCCCGAAGGCCGCUGGCGCGCCACACGCUGAUCUCGGAGGACCUGCCCCUGCGGGACAUGCCCAGGCUCUACCGCGGCGCGGACGCGGUCGUGCUGCCCACCCGCGGAGAGGGCUGGGGGCGCCCCCACGUGGAGGCCAUGGCCAUGGCCCUCCCCGUCAUCGCCACCAACUGGAGCGGCCCCACCGCGUUCCUGUCCGACGCCUACUCCCUGCCCCUGCGCAUCGACGGCCUCGUGGACGUGGAGGAGGGCCAGGGCCCGGCCGGCCACCGCUGGGCGCAGCCCUCCGUGGCGCACCUGCGCGGGCUGAUGCGCUGGGCUGCCGAGCACCGCGCGGAGGCGGCGGCGCUCGGCGCCCGGGCGCGGGAGGCCAUGCGGGAGCGCUUCAGCCCCGGAGCCGUCGCGCGGGGGCACCUGCUGCCGCGGCUGCGGCGGCUGCGCGGGCUGCUUGCGGAGGAGGGCCGCAGCGAGCUCUGA